CGUAGUAUUAAACGAUACUUUAGCUCGUCGAAUAUUCACUCAACACUCACAAGCCUUGACACACAGACAUUAUUUUUGUAAAUUUCUUUUCGUUAAACAAAAUACCAAAGUUGUUAAAGUGAAAAUGACCCAGAGGAUACAGUCCAACUCCAUAGCGCAAGUCGAUAAUCUGAUGACUGGAGCCCGAUAUGUUGGUCCCAGCGAUGAGUUGGGCAUGCAGGAAUUCGGGGUCUACUCGUAUCCGGAUGGCACACGUUACACGGGAGGUUUUCUGAACAAUCGUUUCCAUGGAAGGGGCACCAUUCAAAUGGCAGAUCCUUCGGGCGUCACCUUCGAAGUGACCCACAGAAAGGGCAAGUUGAUGACGAUCGAUCAGAUAAACUUUAACGAUGCUCUGCCCUUGGACUUUGAGAUGGUAGAUCAUCGAUCGCUAAGCUUCGAGUCCUGGCCAUAUUGCACUGCGGAGGAUCGUCGCUUCUACCAGGAAACUAAGGAACCCCUGCAGGCCGUUGGCCCGAAAAAGUUCAAGACCAAAGACGGACCCAAUCCCAUUGCUUUGGGGCGUAAUAUUUUCGACCUUGGCUUCGGGCUGAUGGGCAAUCGAGGCUUUAUGCUGGACACGAAGACGUUCAGCCAUCAGCGAUCCUAUAUGUCCUGUCGCGAGGCCCGUCGCUGGACCCGGGAGCACUGUGCCCAUGGACCGCUUUGGAAUCGCCACCACAAGCAGGAGGUCAAGGCGCGGUUUGCCCGCCAGAUCAUCCAGAACAAUCGGGAGAAUGCUGACGGCAACCGCAAACACUUCAUGCCCGACUUGCACGUCUGCCAUCGAUCCUCCAGCCUGGACAGCUUCGGAUCGACACGUCUCCACCUGGCCAGCACCACGGACUCCGACUCCUCGGAGUUGCCGACCAUGAAGAUGCAUCGCCACGAGUUCCGCAACCAGUGGAAGCGAUCGAGGAGCGAGAGCAACGUGUGCCGCAUCAAUUGAGGAUUCGAUUCUACUUUCUAUGUGACUCAAAAAAUUCAUAUAUAUUGUGUUUAGUUGA